AUGUCGUCGUCUACCACGACCCAGGAGCAAGCCCAGCUGGUCGAAGCCUCCAAGCGCCAAGCUGCCUAUCAGGCCGUCAAGGACUAUCUGCUCCCCGAGUACACCAGGAUAGGCAUCGGCUCCGGGAGUACCGUGGUUUACGUGGUUGAAGCUAUUGCCGCGCUAGGACCUUCUGUCACGUCCAAGAUGGCCUUCUACCCGACCGGAUCGCAGUCUGAGGAGUUGAUCGAGGCCGCCGGGUUGAACCUUCAGUACAUCAGCAAGCUACCCGCGGGCGAGCAGUUGGACGUCGCGUUUGAUGGCGCUGACGAGGUGGAUGAAGACCUGAAUCUCAUCAAGGGUGGUGGCGCGUGCUUGUGGCAGGAGAAGAUUGUGGCGACCAGCGCGAAGCGGUUUGUUUGCGUCGCUGAUUUCCGCAAGCUUUCGCCGCGCUUGGGUACGGCGUGGAAGAAGGGCAUUCCCAUUGAGGUGUUACCCAUGGCGGCGCCGAGGGUGCUGGAUGAGCUGCGGCGAAUGGGUGCCCUGGAGCCGCGCAUCCGGCCGGGUGUGCCCGGGAAGGCCGGUGCUAUUGUCACGGACAACGGCCUGUGGAUUGUGGACGCGCCGUUUUUGCCGCUAUUGCUUUCCAAAGACACCGAAAGCGGCGCCCAGAACGAGGAUAGGGAGAAGGGGGUAUGGACGGUUGACGCGCUUGCGGACAGGCUAAUUAAAAUUCCGGGAGUGGCCGAGAUUGGAUUGUUCUAUGGGAGCAACGGGCUGCAGGUGGCCAGCGGCGCACAGAAGCCGGUGGCAGCCUACUUUGGUAUGGCAGAUGGCUCGGUCGAGGUUAGAACUCCCUCAGCCUAG